AUGGGUCAACGUGGAAAGGGAGGUCGUGGCGGCAGAGGAGGACGAGGUGGCAGAAGCGGGGGAAGAUCGAGGGAUCAUGGAGUUGAUAAUCGAUGUAGCUUUGAGAAUGUUCCAAAAUCUAAUGAAAGGUUUGAAAGAUAUUAUAAUGGACUUUUGAACUUGGAGGAGGGAGAGAAGGAGGAGUUUUGGGGAGCGUUGAAGAGAGAAUUACCGAAUAGUUUUCGGUUUGCGGGGUCAAAAGGUCAUGCACUGGCAGUCCAGAAGCAAUUGAAAGAACGAUACAUUCCUGAAAUUUCGGCCAUUAAGCAAUUCGAUGGUAGACCAGUUGAACCUCCAACGCCAGUUCCAUGGUAUCCCGAUGAACUUGCAUGGUCAAUGAAGACUUCAAAAACUGUGAUCCGAAAAUCUCCUCCCUUUGCCAAGUUCCAAAAAUUCUUGGUUUCCGAAACGAGUGUAGGAAAUAUUAGCAGACAAGAAAUUGUCAGUAUGAUUCCACCUUUGGUUAUGGAUUUGAGACCUGGAAUGACAGUAUUGGAUAUGUGUGCUGCGCCAGGAAGUAAGGCGGCUCAAUUGUUGGAAAUGGUGCAUCAUGGAGAGGAAACCAGGGUUCAGGCAGUUUUAAAAGGAGACGGAAGCGCAAACGCGGAAUUAGAACUCGAUCCAAGUGAUGAUGGAAGAGCUACAGGUUUAUUGAUCGCCAAUGACGCUGACUACAAAAGAAGUCAUAUGUUGAUUCAUCAACUUAAACGACUUUCAUCUCCAAAUCUCAUUGUCACUAAUCAUGAUGCUACUAUGUAUCCAUCGAUCAAGCUUCCACCUACACCAGAAAAUCCGGCAACCAAUCGAUACCUUAAAUUUGAUCGAAUUUUGGCUGAUGUACCUUGUUCUGGAGAUGGUACAACUAGAAAGAAUGUUAAUUUGUGGAAGGAUUGGAAUCCAGGUAAUGCACUUGGACUUUAUAUCACUCAAGUUCGAAUUUUGGUCAGAGCUCUUCAGAUGCUCAAGGUGGGCGGACGUGUUGUCUACUCUACUUGCAGUAUGAAUCCUAUCGAGAACGAAGCGGUUGUUGCUUCUGCUAUUGAAAGGUGUGGUGGCCCUGAAAAGGUGAAAUUGGUAUCUAGCGAUGAUCAAUUGCCUUUACUCAAGAGAAGACCAGGUUUAAAGACUUGGACUGUCAUGGACAAGAAAGGUCGUGUUUGGAAUUCUUGGGCUGAGUUGCAAAAGUACAUUGCAGAGAAUGGUCAGGAUGAUUGGACUGGUAGAUUGGUUGAGGGAAUGUUUCCACCAACCGAUGAAGCUAUGUCAAGUGUUCCUUUGGAUCAAUGCAUGCGUGUUUAUGCCCAUUUGCAGGAUACUGGUGGUUUCUUCAUUACAAUUUUGGAGAAACAAUCAGAAUUCAAAGCAAAGCCAGAAUCGGAAAAUAAGAAGAUCGCACCAAAACCUCCUAUCACAGCGAUUGUUGAUGAGAUCGAGUCUGCUCCCACUCCAAAGGAUGGCGAAAGUGUCGUACCGAAAAUUGAGGCAGCAGAUGAACUUACUCACCCUACCUCAACCACUCUCGAAGAAGUCACACCUGUAGCACGUCAAAAUCAGGAGCAGUACGGAUCUGAUGCAACCCAUACCGUGGGUUCUAAGCGUCCUGCUUCGGAAAUCGAAGACCCUGAAGUUGAAGGUGCUACUGAGAACAAAAAAAUAAAGAUAGAAGGUCGCACAGAGCAUUACCCACCGCCACCGGGUGCAGAAUUAAAUCUCACAACUCGCCCGGGUGAUCAACGAUCCGAUUCAAAACCACAAAAGAUUCCCAACAAAUAUGGUCAAAAUCAAGCAUAUGAAGAGGCAUUCAAAUAUAUUCCUGGUGAUCACCCCCAGGUUCAGGAAAUUGAAUCAUUUUACAAAUUGAGUGAAAGAUUUCCAAGAGAUAGAUUCUUGGUAAGAAAUGCCACUGGCGAACCCGCCAAAACAAUUUACUACACCACUGCGUUGAUUAGAGAUAUCUUGACCGAGAAUGAUGGCAAGGGAAUUAAAUUCAUUCAUGGUGGUGUGAAGAUGUUCAUGAAACAAGAUGUACAGGGUGAGGGCGUUUGCAGAUGGCGUAUUCAAUCGGAAGGUAUGCCAAUUCUUCAAGGUUAUGUUGGAGAGGGAAGAAUCGUCAAUUUGUCCAAGAAGGAAACACUUCGCACUCUCUUAAUCGAGAUGUUCCCUAAAGUUUCAGGUGACUCAUGGAAAGAACUCGGAGAGAUUGGCGAGAGAGUCAGGGAUAUUGGAAUGGGAUGUUGUGUUUUAAGAAUUGAACCUGGUGAAGGUGAAGAUGCUUUUACCGAGAAAAUGGUCCUUCCUUUGUGGAGAAGUCUGCAUUCACUUAACUUGAUGUUGGCAAAGGAGGAUAGAAGUGCAAUGUUAUUGAGAAUUUUCAAUGAUACCACUCCAUUGGUUAAUAAUUCUAUCGGGGCUCAAAGAGAGGCGGAACUCAAGAAGGAAGGAGAAAUCAAGUCAGAGGUUGCUCCUGGAUUCAAAGUUGAGGAUGAAGAGAUCAAAGUUGAUGUAGAUGGUGGAUUAGAAGGUACUGGCGCUAGUGUUGUAAAGGAAGAAGAUCAAAAAGAUGGCGAUGUGCAAAUUCGAGAGGGACCUUACGAUACUUUGGUUGCAGGCGUAGAGCAAGUGGCUGAUAGAGGAAUGGACGUUAAAGCGAUAAAGAUUGAAAAGGGUGAGGAAACUGGUGGAUCAGAAGAACAACUUGAUGGUAUGGGUGGAAUUGAGGGACAACAAGGUGGUGUUGCUUAA